UUUCCGCCUUUUUCCGGUCUCUUUAGAGCCGCCAGACUCAAUCGCCCUCCAUCCUCCGCCGGUGGAGCGUCCCCGAACAGCUUCUAAUCAUGACCGAGCAGAUGACCCUUCGGGGGACCCUUAAGGGUCACAAUGGUUGGGUUACCCAAAUCGCGACCACCCCACAGUUCCCGGACAUGAUCCUCAGCUCUUCCCGGGACAAGACUGUCAUCAUGUGGAAGCUGACUCGUGAUGAGACCAACUAUGGAGUCCCUCAGCGCGCCCUGCGCGGUCACUCCCACUUUGUCAGUGACGUCGUCAUCUCCUCUGAUGGGCAGUUCGCCCUGUCCGGUUCCUGGGACGGAACACUGAGGCUGUGGGAUCUUACCACUGGCACAACCACAAGGCGAUUUGUGGGUCACACAAAGGAUGUUCUCAGCGUGGCCUUCUCCGCCGACAACCGUCAGAUCGUGUCAGGUUCCCGAGAUAAGACCAUCAAGCUGUGGAACACUCUGGGAGUGUGCAAAUACACAGUGCAGGAAGAAUCUCACUCUGAAUGGGUUUCUUGCGUCCGUUUCUCACCCAACAGCAGCAAUCCCAUCAUUGUUUCCUGCGGCUGGGACAAGAUGGUGAAGGUCUGGAAUCUGGCCAACUGCAAACUGAAGACCAACCACAUUGGCCACAGUGGCUACCUGAACACAGUCACUGUGUCUCCUGAUGGGUCACUGUGCGCCUCUGGAGGCAAGGAUGGACAGGCCAUGCUGUGGGAUUUGAAUGAAGGCAAACACCUGUACACCCUGGACAGUGGUGAUGUCAUCAACGCUCUCUGCUUCAGCCCCAACCGCUACUGGCUGUGCGCCGCCACAGGGCCAAGCAUCAAGAUCUGGGAUCUGGAAGGCAAGAUCAUUGUAGAUGAACUGAAACAGGAGGUGAUCAGUACAAGCAGCAAAGCUGAGCCCCCACAGUGUACUUCUCUGGCCUGGUCAGCAGAUGGACAGACACUCUUCGCUGGAUACACAGACAACUUGAUCAGAGUCUGGCAAGUCACCAUUGGGACCCGUUAAGAUGUUUUCUGGAAACAGAAAAAUGGCAGACAUUUCAGUUGUAAUGUUACUGCCUGAUACUACUUGUGCAGUAUGGAGUCAUCUUACCAUGCCAGCCUAUGACUCUAAUAAAAAAAAAUUGCUAUAAAACUAUA